UUUGUUUUUAUCUAACUCUCAAGUAUGAUAAACAGAAAAGAGUAUGAUUACUAUUGCAGGUAUGGAUAUGUUAUGCCCGAUGAUGUACCUCUUUUGCUGGAGCAGCAUAUUAGGAAAGGAGAAAUUGUAGAUAAUCUGUGGAGACAUUGCAAUUUUGUUUUCAGGGGACAGAUGGGAUUAUCAGAAGAAGACCAGAAAAAAUCACAGGAACUAAGGCUUCUGGUUCAUGGUGGGACCAAUCUGGAAACAAGAGUAAAGGACGCAACGCAAAUAAAUGAUGCAAGUGCCAACAUGUGUGGAUCUCAAUUGGACGGCACAAGAUGUUGUCAAGCAAAUGAAGGCUCCCCUUGCUGUCAAAACCCUACAUUUCAAGAAAAAAGGGAGGAUGAGGAUUCUGAUUUUCCCAAGGGGGCAGCAAAAUUUACGGCUGAAACGAAGAACUCCAGGAAGCAAGCAUCUCUAAGUAAUAAUGGCAAAGGGGUUGGUGCUCGAAAGGUGUGCUCAAUGCCUACAUGGUAUGAAUGCUGGGAACGUGAAGACACAUAUGCUGCACUUGCUGUAAUAGGUGCUGCUAUAUCAGUCGCCUUUGCCUAUAACUGCUACAAGCAGUUGGGCUAAAUACUUAAAAGAGUUCUGUAGUGUACUAUGUUGCACAUAUAUCAUGCGUGAAGAUGAAAAAAAGUAGUUUGGAGCCAUGUGCCAUUGGAGAACAAAGAAAGGUGUAGAUUUACAGGAAUGUGGGUAUGGUGUUGGCUGGUUUACAUUUGCUUCCCAUUGUUGUUAUGGUUGUAUUUGGAUCACCUAAAAGACUUUUCUUUUAGGGUUAGAGAUGUACAUUGUGUUAUUAAAUUGUUGUACAGGAAUUGAACUUUUUACUUGAGUUCGUUUUCAAAGCAAUCAAUCACUCCAUCAUCA